ACUUGAAUAUUAGCCAUUCAACGUUCAACACCUUCAACACAUACGCUUUUGAUCUCUUUUUGACAAUAUGGCGUCCGUAAGAAAAUUUUAAACAGAAAAAAAUCACUUUUGAUGGUGUGUUUGCCAAUCUUUUUUUGUAUUUUGAUGAGUUAUUUUCAUAUAAUUAAAAAGUGUUGAGCAUUGUCGAUGACAAUUUACUAUGUAAAGUUACCAGUUUAACGUUUACGAGUACCAUUAAUUAUAACAGUGGUUGUUGCGAACAGUUUUUUUUCUAUGGAAAAAAAGGAAUAUUGAUUCGUUCUACAGUGAAGUGUUCGAUAUAUAACGCGUCAUAGAUUUAACAUUUUAUUUAGCAAUAAUAUCAAAUGCAUCGAUUUCCGAUACAAGAACACUUUGUGUGGCAAUGAUUCCGUUCACCAAAAAUAAGUGAAUAAUUUUCCGAAAUCAGUUUCUUUGUUCAAUUUAAAACAUUUUGACCGAAAGUCAACCCAAUUCUUGUAACACGAACCGAAAAGAGACCCAUAACUUAUUCAAACGAACUUAAAAUGGCUGCUCAAAGUAAUCCACCGAGUUUUGGAUACACCUGGGGCUUCGCGGACAAUUCUCGAGCUGACUCGGUAGUGGAAAUAUCACCAAAUAUCAACUACACCGUCAGUGAAGCGAUGCCAUACCUCCAGUUAACCGAUGCUGGCAGCAUCACCGUCCAGAAGGAUGUCAAAGGAGCCAUAACUCAUACCAACAAGGGAGUUGUUCGUCGGAUGUUUGUAGUAAAUGAACCGUUUACUCAAGCUUCAUCCCAAAGCAAUUUCCGUGUGAUCACAACCGGCAGCGCCGCGUCGACAAUUUCUCAGCAUAAGAAACAAGAUAUCCUAAGUAUGGCCUGUGAUAAUUUUUUUUUUGAUCGCAAUGAUAACAAGUCCACAACAAUGAGUCUGAUCCAAUCAGACCAAUCUAAUCAUUCUCUAGCCGCAAAUGGAAUUCUGGACACGAAAACCGUUCUCACAACUGGUGGCAAAACGUCAUUCGUCAGUAGUCCAAUCGGCACACUGCAAUUGACUGUAGAAGAAUGUAACGAAAUAAUGAUGAAACGGGCUGUGGCCGCGGCCCAACAACAACAACAGCAGCAACAACAACAACAACAGCAACAAGCCCAUCAUCAGAAUCAACAUCAUACCACAAUUACCACCACUGACGGUCAUCAUACAGAUUUUCUAAUCCGUGAAGGCAUUUCGGUGCAAGUGCAAAAAGUAAUACAAGGUCUAGAAGAGGCCGACGAUUCGCAGCAGGAAACACAUUGUAAAUUGGAACCGAACAUGGACAUUGAUCCGAAGGAGGAAGUAUUGCAUCAGGUGGAAGAUGACCAGGAGCAUGAGCUCGAAUUAGAACUGGACCAAGAUCACGAAAUGGAAAGUAAGCAUGAUCCGGAUGCUCCGCCGAAAGAACGGCCGUACUCGUGCGAAGAAUGUGGCAAAUCGUUUUUGCUGAAACACCAUUUGACCACUCAUGCCCGAGUUCAUACGGGUGAACGUCCACAUGUCUGUGUGCACUGCGGAAAAAGUUUUGCUCAUAAACACUGCCUAAACACCCACUUGUUGCUUCAUUCGACGGAUCGUCCAUAUCAAUGCAGUGAAUGCAAGAAAAGUUUUACGUUGAAGCAUCACCUGCUGACCCAUUCUCGGGUACACAGUCGAGAACGUCCAUUCGUUUGUCAGGAGUGUGGAAGAGCUUUCCCACUGAAGCGUCACUUGGUCACGCAUAGCAAGUUCCAUGCCGGAGAACGUCCAUACGUUUGCGAAGAGUGUGGCGAGAGUUUUGCUCAAGAGAAUCACUUGGUAAUGCACUCUCGAUUCCACGGAUCGGUCAAUCCUUUCGUGUGCGGUGAUUGUGGUGCAACGUUCCCGCGGAAAUUUCAAUUGGUCAAUCAUGGUCGAAUACAUGGACGUGUGCCACACGCCUGUACUGUUUGCGGUAAAGAAUUUUUGCAGAAACGAACACUGGUGGCGCAUAUGAGAUUGAUGCAUACCGGAGAUCAUGCGUAUCCUUGUACAGCAUGCGGAGAGGGAUUCCGUACUAAAGCUGAAUUGAACCAGCACAACAGGCAAACUCACGGAGGAGUUAAUCCUAAUUCGGCGAACACAACUAUCGUGGUUGCGUCACAGCAACAACAACAGCAGCAGCAUCAAGGAGCUCAGAUUCAAGUGGUUCACACAACGUCUGAAUCCCAACAUAUUGUUCAGCACGUUCAACAGCAGAGCCAACAUCAACAACAGGCUCAGCAACAGCAGAAUCAACACCAUCAUCAGCAACAGACGGUUACCGUGGUCAGUAGUCAACCGAAUAAUGGAAUUGUAACAAUUAGCACACCAGAAACGUCGCCGACACGGCCGCAAUAUGCUUGCCGAGAAUGUGGCCAAGCAUUUAAUAGUCGAGAAGCUUUGGCACUUCAUUUACGAUUGCACACUGGCGACAAGAGUCUUAUGACCGAUCUUUGUGCGCUGACAGCAGCGUUGCCCGGACAUUUUUUGAGUACAACCAAUUUACAACAAGGCACUGUACUGACAAGCAACCACUCAGUGGUACAACAGACGCCCGUUCCGGUUCAAAUCAUAUCGACGGGACAAGUUAUUCAACAAGGAAACAUCGUACAAAGUUCACCGUCACAGGGACAAACUAUUCAAGUACAACAAGUGCAACCACAGCAGCAGCAGCAACAACAACAGCAUCAACAGCAGCAGCAACAACAACAGCAACCUCAACAGCAAACAACGAUCGUUUUACCAGUUACGCCACAGCAAAAGCCGAAGACCCACUUCUGCACCAGCUGUGGGAAAGGAUUCGCAUCCAAGCACGGCCUCUUGCAGCAUCAUCGUCGUCAUCCCAACGGCGGUUGCACGUUGCGAACGCACGUUUGCGAAUGUGGUAAAGCUUUCUUCCAGAAGAAUCAUUUAAUGUUGCACCAGCGUCAACACUUGGAGACCAAACCAGUUAUUAUCCAACAACAGCAGCAGGCCACACAAAAUCAAUCCAACACUCAACAGGAUAACAUUCAACAGCAAACCGUUCAGCAGCAACAAGUCGUACAACAGCAGCAGCAGCAGCAGCAGCAACAACAACAGCAAUUGCAGACGCAACAGCAGGCCCAGCAGCAGGCCCAGAAUCAACAGAACCAACACACGAUGACGCGUGAAGUAUUGAUCGGCAAUCAACCGGUCCAUGUGCAAGUGUUGCAAGGUAACACCGCCCAGGUGAUCAAAUACGAAAUCAACAUACCACAAGAAAGCGGACAGGGUAUAGAGUGAGGUCAGGAGGCCGUACUUCGUAUCAAAAAAGCCGACGGUACGGAGGAAAUAAAAAAUAUUGUAAUUCUAAAGUAAGGCGGCGGACGCGCACAUCCGCUUGAAACAUAUUGCGUUUUAAGAUGCACACACAACGAAAUGGGUUCAUUUUCGUUUAAGUUUCAAUUUUCUUCUUUUCAUUUUUAAUUUGUAUAAAACAAUCGAACCUUUUCCUAUAAUUUAUCGCUAGUAUUUAUGACUGAAAUGUUCAACUACAAUUUUGCUCCAGAAUUUGCUCUUUUUCUACGUCCGAAAUGUGAUACAGGAAAAUAUGCAUUCGAUUCGUGCUAUCAUUUGUACAGUAAAAAGCGACGCGAAGCCGGAGUAUAAUUUUCACCUUUCAAUCAAUGUUGAAAUAUAUGAAAGAAAAAAAUAAUUUUUUUAUUGAAAUGGUGAGAGGGAAAUGGUUUCUGAUAUUUGGUUUUGGUUAGGCCGAGCAGUCACACAUCGCUAUAGCAUCCAUUCACUCAAUGAACAUAAACUAGCAGGUCCGGUCUAACUCACCGCAGACGACAUAACGAUUUGACGGAUUCAAACGCACUCAUUUUCAUAUUAUUUUGACAUGAAUAAUGAAUCCAGGCAAAUCGGCCAUACCUGUUAUGUAUGUACACAUUCGUUGUAUUUACUGUGUUUCUUUUACACACUUGUGGAUGAGUCUAGAUGAGUCGAUUCGAACACAAGAUCAUGUGAAAACAGAUAUUACAUUUACCAAUUGAUGGACAGUGUUGUAUGUCAGUCCCUAAUCAGGUGACAGUUUGAAACCUACGCCAUUUUGUUACACUACCUUAAGACGAUGAGUCUUUGUGUCGGUAUACGUUUGUUUUCGAGAGCAAGCUGUGAGGUCUCCAACGACGACUAGUCCAGUUACAUCUUACUCUGCGUUGUAAACUGACUAGAGACUUAUACGCUCGGCCUGACAGGUGGAAAGGGCUCUCAUUGCCCACCAGAGAGAACAAAAAUUUUUCGUCGUUACUUCACGUCGUAAGCUCGUUUCAGAAUUUGAGUUUUGGAUGAAUGAGUCGAUGAACAAAUGAAAUUGGAAAAUGAAUUUCAAGUUCUGAUUCUGUUAUGAGAAUCUCCAUGAAUCAUCCACCUGUACAACGCUGGUAUUUGAUUUGGGUUUGACCCUUUUAAUUUUCAAUUUUUAGUGGACUUAGCUCGUCAGUAGUUGGUCAGUAGUCUACUCGGUCAAUCAAUCAAAAAUCACCUUCAGAUAAGACCAUUGCCGUUUUCUGGUAAUCUUGAAAAAGGUUUGAUCAGUCCUUGUGCUAUUUUCUGAAAUGCAUCGGGUUUAGGUCUCCUUUUGACCUAGUACGGAUGGGGUCAUCAUCUGUUAUAGAAAACCACUCCGGGAACAAACUACUCGCUCUGCCCAAUGCGGUUUUAUCUAGCCAAAAACACAUGUUUCAAAAAGUGAAGUAAAAAAUUUGAAAUCGAUAUGUUGAUCAAAUGAAGUAAUAGAUCCGAUAGUAAAACUAUGCCUGCCGUCUUUGAAAGGUGUUUAAACAGAAACAUUUGAGUUAAUUAGAAAUCUUAAGUUUUAGCUUAGUAUUAUGCGUUGAUGAACAGAGAUCUACGGCAUUGUAUAAUCGAUUGGUGAGAGGUGUGUGCGUGUACAUAGGAAAAUGAUGAUAAAAGCCGUUGAUCACGAUGAAUUGAUGCAACCAAUAAAAUGAGCCGAUCGUUCGUUCUGCAAAAUGUAUGAUAAAUUUGAAUAAGAAUCGUAUGAUGGACAGAAUGUCCCGUUGUAAUAUUGGAUGAAAACAUUGUUGAAAGAAGAAAAUCACUUUUUUUUUGUUAAA